UUAUAAUAUUACGUAUAAUUUAAAAUAAAUCUUUUGCUGUCCAAAAAAUAUACAUUAUAUUAUUAUAGCUUUAAAGACUAAACUGUAGUAUUCAAUUAUCUUCACUGUGUCAUACUGUACUAUAUUAUACACUAUGUAUUUUCAUACAAUUUUGCCAUUUUGUGAUACUGGUAUCCUUAAUAUCGGAGGUUGCUAUUCUAAAUUUUUAAAAGUAAUAUUAUCUAUUACACCAAUCCUGAUUUUCUCCGUAUAGAUUUAUGCAGAAAUAAUAUAGUGAUAACAACAUUUUGAAAUUUUGGAUUGGAUAAACAUCGAAAUAAAAACAUACCAUUUAAUAUUAUAAAUAAGAAUAACCAAAAACAAAAAACCACCAAUCGAUCGAAAACGUAAACGAAUUAUCACCGGCAAUACCGUUUUUAGUGGAACCUCAACUAACCGGACCGCUGACUUCCGAUGAAGAGCUAACGUGUGUGUCAGACUUAAAAAGGUCGUGGCCAUCAGAAUUGCAGCAAAUGACGUGUUCAUCGAGCGAGAAGCAAUUAUGACCAUCGGGCGCAGAGAAGGUGACUAUGGACGUGUUAGCUGGUAGUGACUCGAUGGAGACAGUUUCUGAGCCGAUGCUAAAAAAAGAAAAUCGUUCCUUUUGACACUAGGGAGAAUACUUCUGAAUGUCGGAAGAAAGUAUUGUUGUUGCAGCGGCGGUGGUUGCCGUGAACGACGGGCUACAAACGCCUCGUCGGAAUAAAACUUUUAAAAACGAUGCAACAACGUGGAAACUUGUCUUUGGACAUGGUGCAGUUUUAUUUGCACUUGAUUUGACAAUAUUUGACGAUAAUAAGACUACGACGAGUGUCUUAUUCACCAGUUGUAUACAUACGUCGUAACCCGUAGGUCUUAUAGUAUUCACCAACUAUUGUGCCAAUCCUGAAAACUGUCCACUGACCAUCCGGACUCAAGUUACUACUGGUCGACAUCACGUAAAACAAAUUUUCGAUGUGAUUUUUGAUAUCCGCGUACAAACGGCGGCACACACAUGAUGCCCACUUCGAAGUACGGAUCUUUAUAAGCAUCGUCAAAGUUAAAUUGCAUUGUUAUCUCCUUCAUCAUCACGCGCCAUACGUAACCCCGUGGCUAAAAGUUUAUAAUUCACUUCGGAAAAAUGAGUAUUAUGUUAUGUUUUUUUUAUCUGCAAAGUUACUACUAUUUUGUUGAUUUAUCGUUAAUAUAAUAAUGUGGAUAGAAAAAUUGUUUAUUUGUUCUGAAUUACGAUUGGACUGUGUAAUUAUUAAUAAUAAUGAAACUGUUUUGUUGUUUACGGAAUUUAAAUACAUGCAAAAUAUUUAUCACUGUAUGUGAUCGGCUUGCUGUAGUCAAUAAUAAUUAAACAAUAAAAGUAUAUAAUACAUACAUAUUAUUACAUUUAUAUAAUAAAUACAAUAAUAAUGUCUAUAGACAUAGACUACAGAAUAUUCACCUUUGAUUCUGGAACAUAGAUUGUAUAAAUUUUAUAAAGGUGAAGUGAUUGCGACUGUACGCACUUGGCUGGUUAGCUUUUUUUCCCGUUAAUCAUUGGUACCCGGGUGGAUAGUUUUAUCCCUGUACACUCGCUAUGUGUAUUUAUACAAAGUGAUUCACCAAGUAUGCUUAUCACGAUUUUUAUCUAUAAUGUUAUGCAUUGAUUCGAUUUCGAUUUUUUUUUUUUUUAAUUUAAAACUAAAUUUAUAAUAAAGUACCAAAUAUUUUGUAUUGAGAAACAAAUGCAUUAUUUGUUAUAAUAUUACGUAUAAUUUAAAAUAAAUCUUUUGCUGUACAAAUAAUGAUAUAUAUUAUAUUAUUAUUAUAGCUUUAUUGACUAAAAUACAUUAUUUUAUUAUCUUUACUCAGACUGAGUCAUUCUUUAAUAUGUGGUGUAUGCAGUUUUGCCAUUUUGUGAUACUGGUAUCCUUAAUAUCGGGAGCUGCUAUUCUAAAUUUCUAAAACAACGGGUAAUCUGUUAUUUAACUGGCAUUGUCUAUUAUACCUAUUGUACUGAUUGUCUCCGUAUAGAUUUAUAUGGAAAUAAUAUUAUAGCUACAAAUAUAAUAUUAAACCUAGUGAUAACGAAAUUUUGAAGUUUUUGAUAAAUAUGGAAAUAAAAAAGUACUAUUUAAUAUAGAAGUAAAAAUUACAAAAAAUAAUAAUAAAAAAAUGAAAAAUGUAAUGCAUAAUAAAUCGAAUUAUUAAAAAAAAAUAUUGUAAAACUGUUGUAUAUUAUUUUUAGAAAACGCACGUUGACUAUAAAAUUUAUAUUGAAUUUUAUUUGUUGUUAAGGAAACAUAAUAACAAUGUUUAUAUAGUCUAUAAAAUAUAAUAAUUUAUAAUUUCAGUGCCGUUUAUAUUUCGCAGCAACGAAAAACUAGUCCUACUAAAAUAGAUUUUUGUUUUCAAUUUAAAACUUAUUUAUUAUACCAAUUACCAAUCAUUUAAUAAUGGAUGGGGAUACCGGAGAACCGGGAUUACUGGACGAGUUUUUCGAAGAGAUACGGUUUUCUCUCGAGUUGGGUGACACGACACUAGUGGAUAUGGACCUUGACGAAGACGAACCCGAAGACGAAGAUGAAGAAGUAGAUGAAGACUUGUCGGUUGACGAAUCAGUGGUAAUUGCGUCUGGAGGAAUGCUUGAUCAGUUAUUUGAACAGAUACAAUCGGAAUUGGAGAUGGAUCGCUCGUGUACGUCUACUUUUUUAAGUGACGACGACGAAGACGAAUGCAGAUCCCUGCUCUCAGAUGUCCAGAUCUAUCCUGCUACUGAAAUAGUAGCAGUAAGUACAAGGUAUUUUAAUGUGGAUGAGACGUACCCGAAUGUGGAAAAUAUAAGUACCAUAACUGCAGUGAUGGUAGACAACGAUCAAUCGAUCGAAAAAUUAGUCGAAUUAUCACCGGAAAUACCGUUCCUAGUGAAACCUGGGUUAACAGGAUCGCUUACUUCCGAUGAAAAAAUGACGUGGUCAUCGGACACAGAGGAAGAAACAACGGACGUGUUAGCUGCAGGUAGCGACUCGAUAGAGGUAGUUCCUAAGCCGAUGCCUAAAAAACGAAAAUCGUUGCUUGUGGCAUUUAGAAGAAUACUUCUAAAUUUCGUAAGGAAGUAUUGUUGCUGUAGCGGCAGUGGUCGCCGCGAACGACGGGCUACAAACUCUCGGUCGGAAUGAAACUUUUAAGAACGAUCACCAACACCGUGAAAACUCGUCUCCAGACACGGAGCAAUGGCAUUUGCACGUUAAUUGACGAUAAUAAGAUAAAGACGAGUAUCCUAUUCACUAUUUGUAUUAUUCAUACGUCAUAACUCGUAGAUAUGAUAUUCACUAAAUAAUAUUGUACCAACAUUUUGUCGGUGUGAUUUUCGCAUUUUUUCGCAUUUUUUUUUUCAUUUAUACACACAUAAUACUUACCUGGAUCAUUAUAUGUCUCGUCAAAAUUAACAUUAUUCAUCACUAUUAUCAUCACGCGCUGUUCGAUACUGAUCGCACUCACACACAAAAUUUAUACUCCGGUGCAUUACACCGCCGUCGUGUAUUGUUAUCAUCCAUAUAGCUGUGUUUUUCUUUUGUUUAACUUCACUGAGCGGGGCGGCGAACUUUCUGCACCUCCGUGUAUGUGAUGUCGGCCGCGGCUGUUGUCGCCGUUAUUCGUCGGCAUCUUAACACACGAAAAAAUUCAAAAACAUUAAUUUUGUUUUUUUUUACGACGACCGUUGUCUCCGUCGUGAACCCGCCGCCAUCAGUGCGCUCCAACCUUUUUUUGGCUUUUCUUCGUGUCACGCCCUUGCCGCGUACGCGAUUUUGUUGUUGACCAUCGGUGUCAACGAACGGCUCAUAUCGUAAAACUCUUGUGUUGUGGUCGUCCGUCCGUCGUACGUAUUACGACCCGUCGUGCAUGGCCAUAUUAGUUUCUCGUGCGUCUGUUCGUGCCUAUAAUAUACACAGUGCGAAUACCCCGACCGUCGCGUAUUUAAUUUUCGUUUUAUUGUUCUUCAUCGUCUUGUGCAACUACAUACGCCGGUGACAACAUACCUCGUAGGGCUCAUGUCGUAUAAAAUUGUAUAUUUUUUUGUAAUUUAUUAUUUGUAUUAAUUGUAUUAUUAUUAUUAUUUCAUAUCUAUAUUGUUGGUGUUGAUCGAUCUGUGAUCGUCACCGUGUUAUUUCGUAUUACUAACUUUAGUAUAUAAAAAAAUAUUAUAUGUAAUACGAUAAUAUAUAUUUUCCGUCAUGUUAUCAGAAACAUUGUUCAUCUUCUUUCAUAUAUUAUACAGUCCAUUUUUUUUUUUUUUUUUAAAGGUUUGUGUGCAACCCAGUCGCACAUUUUGGUCCAUUUGUCCGGAUUUUGAAUUGUUUUUUAAAUACUUAAUUUAUCAUGCCACCGAAAACCAAAGACAAUGCUUAGCGUGAAUUGACACGUGCGCGUUUAAAACGGGAUCGGGCUUUAAAGUCGAUCCAAAGUAUUUACGCCGCAGCAUUAGUAGCACAAUCGGACGCUACAAAACAACCUGUGUUUCUUGCUCGAUCUAUCUAUCUCGAAUCUUUUUACAACGAUUUUCGACGGCAACAGGACGUCAUUAUGAAUUCGUUGAUCAACCUCGAUCGCUCAGAAGAAUUCGAACAAACCGACUAGCCGGUUGACACGUCAACGGAAUCUAUGUUUUUUGAAAUUAAAUCAUUAAUCGGUCCGACAACCGACGUUAAUGAAAGUUCGUCGCGGCCAUCUAAUACAAACACCGGUCGCAUAUUACCAUUCUGCACAUCAAAUAAAACCCAUACAAAAAUACGGCUUUCUCAUUGGUUCAACAUUUGUUGCGGUAUAUGAUAUCUUAUCAUAGUUAAAUUUAUUUUAAUUUCAUGAUAAUACAAUGAGAUUUUUCAUUAUUCAAAAAUUAUAUAAAUUAUUAUUACAAACAUAUAAACUUAUAAA